CAAACCCACUCUCAACUAACGUUUGUCUGAAUUGUGCGCUGCCCAGAAGUGGAGGAAAACUACAUUUUAACUAACGUCUGCCAGUUUUGUGCGUUGCCCAGAAGCUGAAAAUUGUUAACAAAACCAUCAACUCUUAAUUUUCUGAAUUUAUUCUUGUUUUUUUUACCAGUAAUUCGUUGAUCAUACUGCAAUUCAAUUUGAUCUACCAUAACAAAUAAUUCUUCAAAAUCAGAAUUGUAAUCCCAUUUCACGUCAUCACUUGAUCGUCCAACUCAAUCAAUGGAUUCUUGGCUCAAGCGUGCUGAAGGUCUGUUCGAAGUUGUUGAUCGUAGGGCAAAGCUUGUUGCAGAUGAGCUUUCAGAUGAGCAGUCCAAUAUCCCCCCGGCAGCUUCUAUCGGGAAAGGUCCUCAGGGUAAAAGGUCAAGGUCAAAGGCAAAGGCAAAGAAAAGAGCUUCUAUGGAAGAACACGUGAAAAAUGGUGACAUCACGCAGGAAGAAAGUAUCUUACAGCCAUCGGUAUCAGAAACAAAACCCGAAGAUACGGAGGCCUCCACAACAGUUAACAAUAAUGAACUGACCCGAGAAAGCUCAACCACCCAGAUUAAAAUUGAGGUGCAAGAAAAUAUUGAUAAUAAUUCUCAUGUAGAUGCUGCUUUAUCUGAUACCUCAUCAAAUAAAGUGAGCAAAGAUGAUGAUAGGCAGGGCGAGGCUGCUACCAGUGAUGAAGUUGUCACCUCAUCUUCAAAUACUGAGCUUAGUAGUGACAUUAUUCCUUCUACCACAACUGCUUCUAUAGACACCGAUGCUAGCCUUAACAAUCAUCCAAUUGAUUCCGGUCAAAGUAUCAGUUUGAAAAAUGCAGAUGACUCUUUGAAGAACCCCAGGGAAGAAAAUUCGCAAUCUACAGUAAAAGUUACACCAGUUCCGGUGACUACUGAUAAGAAAAAGGAAAACACUAUUGAUGUCACACCUGAACCUAUUUCUAAUCCCAUAGAGCAGGAGGAUGAAAACUCAAGGACAUCUUUGAACAAAGUACAAGAGCAACUUGAAGAGGCUCAAGGUCUACUCAAAUCAACGAAUACUACUGGUCAAUCAAAAGAGGCGAGGUUAGCUCGGGUUUGUGCUGGACUUUCAUCCCGUCUUCAGGAAUACAAGUCUGAAAAUGCUCAGUUAGAGGAGCUUCUCACUGCUGAAAGGGAGCUCAGUAAAUCAUUUGAGGGUCUCAUAAAACAACUGCAGCAGGAGUUAUUUGCUGCUAAAACAGAAGUUAACAGAGCCGAGUCAAACAUGGCUGAAGCAUUAGCUGCAAAAAAUUCUGAAAUUGAGACACUUGUCAGUUCUCUUGAAGCUUUGAAGAAGCAGGCUGCUUUGUCUGAAGGGAACAUGGCGUCCUUGCAGGCAAAUAUGGAAACUUUGAUGAGAAACAGGGAGCUAAGUGAAACACGGAUGAUGCAAGCCCUAAAGGAGGAGCUUGCUUUGGCUGAACGGCGGGCAGAAGAAGAGCGUGCAGCUCAUAAUGCCACCAAAAAGGUUGCCAUGGAGAGGGAAGUAGAAUUGGAACAUCGAGCUGUUGACGCGUCUACUGCCCUUGUUAGACUGCAGAGAAUGGCAGAUGAGAGGACAGCAAAGGCAGGUGAGCUAGAACAAAAGGUGGCAUUACUUGAGGCUGAAUGUGCGUCUUUAAAUCAAGAAUUGCAUGACAUGGAGGGCCGUCUACGCCGUGAGCAAAAGAAGUCUCCUGAAGAUGCGAAUCAGUUGAUUCAGAUACAGGCAUGGCAACAGGAAGUAGAACGUGCACGUGAGGGUCAAAGAGAUGCAGAAAUUAAGCUCUCUUCUCUUGAUACUGAAUUACAAAAGAUGAGAGUUGAAAUGGCUGCCAUGAAGAGAGAUGCUGAGCAUUAUUCGCGCCAGGAGCACAUGGAGCUUGAAAAGAGAUACCGCGAAUUAACCGAUUUAUUGUACUACAAGCAAACACAGCUUGAAACGAUGGCAAGUGAAAAAGCUGCUGCAGAUUUUCAGUUGGAGAAGGAGAUCAAGCGUCAUCAGGAGGCACAGGCUGAAGCAGAAAGAAACAAGAUUUCUCGUCGUGCAUCAACUAUUUGGGAUGAAGAAGCAGACAUGAGAGAACUCGAGCCUCUCCCACUACAUCAACGUCACUUGGCUGGGGCUAGCAUACAGUUGCGGAAGGCGGCAAAGCUUUUAGACUCUGGUGCAGUCAGUGCUACAAGGAUUCUCUGGCGCCAUCCUAGAGCUCGAGUUGGUCUGCUAUGUUAUCUAAUUUUCGUACAUCUGUUCUUGAUGUACCUGUUGCAUAGCCUUCAGGCCCAAGCUGAUGAUUUUGCUGCUCGAGAAGUAGCUCGGUCGAUGGGACUUUCUCAACCCAAUUUGCCAUAACCAACGUGCGCUCAAGUGCAGGAGGUUCAGUUCUUCUGCCAAUGCAGCUCCACCAAAUGUGGAAAAAUUCUGAUUUCUUUUCAGUAGCUAGUGACCUAGUGUCUUGUUUGCCAUACAGUCAGAAUCUAUGGUGAGUGAUGAAAGUUGUACACUAGUAUUUGAAUUCUUCAUCGUAUUGACUCGUCUCUUCCAACUAACAGCAAGCAACUCUUACGUCAUCUUCAAAAUCCCAGCCUAAUCAGCGUCAGAGUACUAAGGCUCGGUAUUUCCCUAUUGGGGUAUUCGAGAUACAAGGAGGUGAUGAAGAUUACAUACAUAUAUAGAAGCUUGAAUCAUACCAAGUAUACAACUCGUACUUGGAUUUGGAUUUACUUCACAAACCAACACUGAUAGUACUGAAUUUGUUUUAGAUCAAGUAUAACCAUUGUAAAGUUGACUAACUAAAAUCUUUUUAAAGUUUGUAAGUAAUUUUCUAAGCUGUUGUAUGUUCUUCGAGUUUGUGAAUUGGUUAGUGUUCUUGUUAAUAUUUUGGGAUAAGAAUUUCUUUU